AUGGCCGUGAGGACAGGUGACCAGGGUCAAGCUGCAAUGAACGGGCUGACGGAGAAGGUACUGACGCUGGACACCAUGAACCAGUGUGUGCGCAGGGUAGAGUACGCAGUCCGUGGCCCAAUCGUGGUUCGUGCCUUGGAGCUGGAACAGGAACUGCGCCAGGGUAUGAAGAAACCCUUCACUGAGGUGAUCCGAGCCAACAUUGGGGACGCACAGGCCAUGGGGCAGAAACCAAUCACUUUCAUGCGCCAGGUCCUGGCCCUGUGUGUCGACCCUGAACUUCUGAGCAGCCCCCAUUUCCCAGAGGAUGCCAAGAGAAGGGCAAAGCGCAUUUUGCAGGCCUGCGGGGGCCACAGCCUGGGGGCCUACACCAUCAGCUCUGGCAUUCCCAUGAUUCGAGAGGACGUGGCGCGGUAUAUUGAGCGGCGCGACGGAGGCAUCCCCUCAGACCCCAACAACAUCUUUCUGUCCACGGGAGCCAGUGACGCCAUCGUGACGGUGCUGAAGUUGCUGGUGGCCGGCGAGGGCCGUACCCGCACGGGUGUGCUCAUCCCCAUCCCCCAGUACCCGCUCUACUCGGCCACGGUGGCCGAGCUCGACGCGGUGCAAGUCAACUACUACCUGGACGAGGAGCGCGCCUGGGCGCUCGACGUGGGCGAGCUGCGGCGCGCGCUGCACCAGGCGCGUGACCGAUGCCGCCCUCGCGCGCUCUGUGUCAUCAACCCGGGUAACCCCACCGGGCAGGUGCAGACUCGAGAGUGCAUCGAAGCCGUGAUCCGCUUCGCCUUUGAGGAGCGCUUGUUCCUGUUGGCUGAUGAGGUGUACCAGGACAACGUGUACGCCGAGGGUUCGCAGUUCCACUCGUUCAAGAAGGUGCUCACGGAGAUGGGGCCGCCGUACGCAACACAGCAGGAACUCGCCUCCUUCCACUCCACCUCCAAGGGCUACAUGGGCGAGUGUGGGUUCCGCGGUGGCUAUGUGGAAGUAGUGAAUCUGGACCCCGAGGUGCAGAAACAGAUGCUGAAGCUGAUGAGCGUUCGGCUGUGCCCGCCUGUGUCUGGCCAAGCCCUGCUUGACGUGGUGGUCAGCCCGCCCGAGCCUUCCGACCCCUCCUCUGCGCAGUUCCAGGCAGAGAAGCAGGCGGUGCUGGCGGAACUGGCGGCCAAGGCAAAGCUCACAGAGCAGGUCUUCAACGAGGCUCCGGGCAUCCGCUGUAACCCGGUGCAGGGCGCCAUGUACUCCUUUCCUCGCAUGGAGCUGCCGCCGCGCGCCGUGCAGCGCGCGCAGGAGCUGGGUGUGGCCCCGGACAUGUUCUUCUGCAUGCGCUUGCUGGAGGAGACCGGCAUCUGCGUGGUGCCUGGAAGCGGAUUCGGGCAGCGGGAAGGCACCUACCACUUUCGGAUGACCAUUCUGCCUCCCAUGGAGAAGUUGAGGCCCCUGCUGGAGAAGCUGAGCCAGUUCCAUGCCAAAUUCACCCGCGAGUACUCCUGA